CUCACGGUUUACUCAUUUAAGUAUUGUUUAUUUAAAUAAUACUGAGUAAUAUUUUACAAAACGCAAUGUCUCAACAAGAAGACAAGUUCCAGCGAUAUGCUACAGAGUACGAUCCAGUCAAAAUAGGCUCAAUCGAUGGUACGGAUACGAUACCGCAUGACCGAGCCAUCCUGCGGGCACUCGAGUCAGAGUACAUCCCCAACAAGUCAGUGCGGGGGGACCCGCGGCACACCGUAUUCGUGGCACGACUGCAUCCCAGAACGACCCAGGAUACCCUCAUAUCUGAAUUCUCUGACUGCGGCAAAAUCCUACGCUGCCGUCUCGUCAAGGACAUAGUGACCGGUAAAUCCAAGCAGUACGCCCUCAUCGAGUUCGAGCGGAGCUCCGAGGUCGACCGGGCUCUACAGAAACACAAAGAAUACAUCGAUAACACAGAAGUUAUCGUUGAAAGAGAGGUGGGAAGAGUUAUGAAAGGUUGGAAGCCUAGGAGACUGGGGGGAGGGUUUGGGGGGAAUAAGAACUCUGGACAGCUCAGGUUCGGAUGUAGGGAUAGGCCUUUCAAGAGGCCUAUUAAGGUUGGAGAGGAUAGGAGAGAUUGAAGAGAAUUGGGACCAAGAAUAAGCGGACUCGCUCGUUUCUACAUCCUUAGGGAUUUCCAUAGGGUUCUUCAAGAAAUGGGUAUUCAGGGUUCUCAAGGGUCGGCAACGCAAGAGUGGCUUCUCCGAUGUUACAUGUGUCCAUGAGCGACGGUGACCGCUUCCCAUUAGGCGGCAUCUCAGCUCGUUUACUGAAUCCCACAGAAAACAAAUCCAUAGGGUUACAAGACGACAUGGAUCUUUGCUUUCGUCUUUCAGGCGUAAAUAGGGCGGCAAUGUGGGAAAAAUCUUUGCCCAAAGAAUAAGUCGUGAGCAUAGGCUCCCAUUCGGUGAUGAACCGCAGGCCUCAUAGCUGCGUGACCGUACGGCUUUUCAUACUAAGUACCUACGAAAGAUCUGCUAAAAAGAAAAAGCUUGCUCUGAAGUAUCAUUGCUGAACGCGUCACCCUGCAUAAUAUCAUUGUACCUACCUAAU